AUGAGUCCGCAACCGUCUUCCCCACUAGUGGAACCGCAGACGCCAGUCUUGGAAACCGGCGAAAUUCCAGACCAGCAGCUUCACACAGAACCGUCUAGGAACUCAUCAGAGAGCACGACCCAGCAUCUUCCGCCGAACAGCCCUCGACCAAAUCCACCAUCAACUCAAAGAUCAUGGGACCGCUUCCAGUUGGCUACAGUCAACAGCUUCCGUCACCAGAAAGAGGCACUCCGUCGUCGCCACAGCGAUUUCCGCGACUACGUUCACUUCUCGAUUCUCCCUCGAGACAGUCGGCCAAAUGCCACAACUGUGUUUUCGUUCCUAUGUGUCUUGAUCAGCUUUGCGGUCCUGCUCUGUAUGGGAGCAAGGUUUCCUAGGGAGUCGAUGUUGACGGUGAUACUCGUCUUUGGAGCGACAUGCUCGGUUGUACUGCCGAUAAGAUAUUUUCUUAGUAAUCGGGCGAAUCGUCGACAUGUGUAUCGACCGAACCUGGGUAAUACUAUUACCAUAGUCAUACUUACCAUUCCUACAUUUACCCUGCUGUAUGCCAAACUAUGGUAUCCGCAACGACGGACAGAGAUCUUGACAUCGUCGACUGACUCCGUUACAAGCGUUCGCUUCCCAUCCGUCGCGGUAUUCCAACGCAGCGACUGGUCUUCUCAAGCCAUCCUCCGAAGCGGCGGCUCCAAGUGUUUCCUCGGCUGGCACAACGAGGCCGCGCCUGCAUGUGCGAGCUUGGAUCCAAAAACAUUCGGCAACAGCACACAAUGCACUUGCAAAGAACUCUGGUACAACAACGACUCCGUCUUCCAAGAGUUCAUCUGGCAAAACACAAGCUACCGCUACGUCGUCUUCGACUCUCCGAAAUGGUUAAUCAGCACCAACCCAACCUACCUCCUCCUCCUCCAAACCUUCUUCGACUACAACGCAACCAAAGCCCUCCUCGACUCCAGCACCGUAAACCCAACCCUCCACCUCGCCAUCUACGACCCAACCCUCGGCCUCCAACGCGCCUUCGAAACAGGCUACACCCGCAUGAAUCUCAUCAACGCGAACGGCAUCGUCGCCGUGAACAUCGGCCUGCGUCUCCGUCAGGGCCUCGACGGGGUUUCCGCCUACGAUUUCACGCUCGGGCUGUCGAGCAGUCCGGCGCGCGAUCUGGUCUGCGAUGUUAGUUCCGCGUCGACGUAUCAGUAUCCGUGUCAUUUGAGCUUGUUCGUGCAGGUUCCGAAUUUUGAUCGCACGAUUGUGAGGACGAGGGCCGGGAUGGGGUGGUCGGAUGUGGCGGCGUCGGCGGGUGCGUAUUUUUCGUUUGUGCAGUUUGUGAGUUGGAUUCUUUCGGCGCAGGCGUUUAUUCCUUGA